UACGUAUUUUCAGGGUGCUGCCCGUAUGACCGUCUGCCCGAAAGCUAAGGAAAGCGCGAGUUGUAAGAAACGCGAGGAAGUUCCUCAGUUCAGUUUGUUUUUCUAUGGAUACUUAUGUAUCGUGUUUUUAGAGGAAUUGAUUUCUCAUUCUGUUAACAUAUAUUUAACUAAAUAUUUAUAAAACGUCACCAGCUUUUCAGCACCUACAGGCUAGCUGCUUCGCUAGCUAGCUUGAUAUUAAGUGGCUGAAAGGAUUUUCUACGUAGCUAGCUAAGGAGCUAGCCAACUGCUUAAGGUUGUGCAGCCUGAGUGGAUGAAGAAAAGAUGCAGACAAUUAAGUGUGUGGUUGUGGGUGACGGGGCUGUAGGCAAAACAUGUCUGCUCAUCUCCUACACAACAAAUGCCUUCCCGGAGGAAUACAUUCCCACUGUGUUCGACAAUUACAGUGCCCAAAUGAGCGUCGAUGGCCGCACAGUCAGUCUCAACCUGUGGGACACAGCGGGCCAGGAGGAAUAUGACCGUCUGCGCACUCUCUCCUACCCACAGACCAACGUGUUCAUCAUCUGCUUUUCAAUCGGCAGCCCGUCUUCCCAUGCCAACGUAAGGCAUAAGUGGCACCCAGAGGUGUCGCACCACUGCCCCAGCGUGCCCAUCUUGCUGGUUGGCACCAAGCGGGACCUGCGCGGAGACGCGGAGACGGUGAAGAAGCUGAAGGAACAGAGCUUGGCCCCCACCACCCAGCAGCAGGGCAGCGCGCUGGCGAAGCAGAUCGGUGCCGUUAAGUACAUGGAGUGUUCGGCGCUCCUGCAGGAGGGUGUGCGGGAGGUGUUUGCUGAAGCUGUGCGUGCUGUGCUCUACCCUGUCACCAAGAAAAAUGCCAAGAAAUGCGUCCUCCUAUAAUCAGGAGGGAAGGACUAAGAGGGGACGGACAUGGAAUGCUUGACGAGUUCUCACAGAGGGGCUCCCUUAGCUUGAAGACCUUGGCACUAGAUUUUACCCAGGCCCUGAAUUGCUUUGAAUCUUCGUAAGAGGGCCCUUCUAUUGCUUUAUUUUUAAAUUUGUAUCCCUAACCAAAGGCCAUAGUUACACAAAGUUAUGCCGUUGGAAUAGUCUUGAUCUGCCUCCUGGUAUAUUGCUUCACACCCAAGUGACCUACUAGAUGUGUCUGUUAUUUUCUUUCUCUAGAAGUCCUGCCUUUCUGAAUAUCAGCUUUUCCAGUUGUGAUUUUCAUUUUGCUUCUCUAUGUUUUAGUCUAUAAAGGCAGGGAAUUGAUUGAAGAAAGUGUUAUCUAAAAUAUGGUAAUAUCUAAAUGCCAGAUUGAACACACAGGGAAAAAACAGCUUGAACAGAAUUCAGGAUGACCUCAUGGAAUGUGUCUGUUAUACUUGGCCGUAAAGUUCAAGUAUGAUUGAGAAGCUUUGUAUCAGUGGUGCAGCUGCAAACUACAGUGCCACUGGAAAGUAUCCCAGGUACAGCAACACUCUGCCAUAACCCCAAGCAGUUGUUCAAAACUGGUCCAAAGUGAAUGGUUGCUGCCAUGGUUUAUCAACUUGAUGGGACAAAAGCAAACUGGACCAAAGACCUUCCAGUUCGUACAUAGCAGAAAUAUAUUUUAGUAUUCCUCUUAAUGAUGAGGUAAAUUUAUUGGUGUGGAAUUCUUCAGAACCUUAAGAUGUACCAAAAUGAACAGCAGGCAGUGUUUCUCAUUUGCCUUAUACCAAUUUGCCUUUCUUCUGAUAUGCACUGUGCCUUAUAUAUGAAACUUAUCUUUCAAUUUAUUAAGCUUUUCUAUUAAGUACAAGUGCCAACCACAGUACUGAAAGACUAAAUGAUAACCCAGUCUGGAAAUUUAAAUGUGUAUUGUGGAGGAGUUGCACAGGUGAAUGUGUUUUGACAGCUCAUUGAACACAAUGUUUUGUGAAACCAGUUUGAGAAUGGCAAAAAUACAUUCCAUUUUCUGUAAACCUUUUACCCUAUCAGCUGAUACUAAAUCUCAUUUGCUGCUUUUUAUUCAAAACCUCAAUCCUGUCAGCCAUGAUUUUCUUGAAUUGCUAUAGUAUCUGUAAAACGGUUUCAAAAAUAACACUGUGACUAUAAGUAAUAUGACCAGCUAUGUUUCACAUUUGCCUUUUUAGGAAGUUGUGCCAAGUUUUCCUUUUCAUAAAAAAAGAUUUAUUUGGGGUAUAGUCUCGAAUGUUUCUAAAGCCGGGAUUUACUGAAUCUGUUCAGGAGGGGAAUGCACAAGUUUUGUAUAAGAUUUAAACAGUACUUACAAACCAUGAGCAAGUACCACUGCUGGGUGUAACUGUGUGGGGCAGAAGACAAGUUGGCACAUUAUCGUUACUCUCUGAACCUGUAUAUCUUUGGUGUUUGCAAUUUGUAUUCUACUUCACCAAAGAUUUAGUAACAGGUUAAGCCUUCAGAUGCCUGCUUGCAGUUGUGAGUGCCUUAUUUUAUUUGCAGUUGUGGUCCAUGUCAUUUACCUUGGAAAAAAUACAUUUGCAAGUCAUAAUAAGGCUAAAAGUGUUUUCUCACAUUCUCCCAGUCGAGUAUGUGUCUGUAUUAUGUCGAAUACUGCCCAUUACAGUUGAUUAGUUUAAUUUUUAAGAGGCCUUAGGUCAUGUGACUGGAUUUUAAAGUCAUCCAGACCAUUAAUUUGCACAGAUUUAUUCAUGUUCAAUUCAUUUUAUGGGGAUUUGACACUAAAACUCUCCAGUGGUGUACUUUGCUUUGACCCAUGUCCGAUAAUGACAUAUUUCCUGUUCAAAGUCGUUUUUUUUUUCAUAACAGCAGCCAAAUAUUUUUACAAUAUUAAAAGGUGUUGAACCACAGUAUUGUUAGACUAAAAUCUAAGGGCUCUUUGUCUCACUGUAAAUGUGUGUGAUUGUACUUAAUUUGCUUAUUGGUUUUGUUUAUUUGGCCCUUAAUACCAAUUGUAAAACUGAAUUUGAUGGCAUGUUGAUUCUGUUCCGAAGAAGUUGCCAGUGUAGAAUCCAGAGAAAUGAUGGUGACAUUUACUAUACAGCAUAACAAAAUCAAUUCAAAUCAAAGUGGUUAAUAUUUUAUUUACCCAGGGUGGGGGUGUCUUUCAAAGUUCUAAGAAGAAAGGCUGGAGUACAUUGGCAGAAUUUAGGUUAUCGCAUUGUACUAUUGAGAUGAAUUGUAUGUUUUGUUAUAUUGUACUCUGUCACAGAGAAUAGGUGCUGCUAUUGAUGUAGUUCUUCACAGUAGGGGGAGGUUAAGCAUACAUAUAUUUGAAAUAUAUCAAAAACAGGCUGCUCUGAUUAAACUGAACAAUAGAUUCUACCUAACGGAAACAGCUUCACUUUCAGCUCGAUGUAAUAUUUUAUUCCAUCAAAUGUAUUUUUCGAGACUUUACUGGAAUACAUGAAUGUUGGAGUCCUGGUAACUUUAAAGUCUUUGAAAGUUGUGAUUAUGUGUUCUCUACCCACUCACAAGCAAUGCCAAAUGGACAGGUUCAGUCACACCAGUGUAUGACAGUUUUCAGCUCCUGGAUGUUUCCUUGGCAACGUUUUUAUAGAUCUGAGUGCUACCAGCAUAUUCAGAAUUUUCAGAAAUAAACUGUAGAGUGUACCCAGAUGUUUCUCAUUGUGAUUGGGGAUGUGGUAGUGUAUAUGGUACAAAUAAAAUAUGGAAAAUUACCCUUUUAUUUAAAUAUGUACUGUUUUUAGCCAAUCUUCAGAGUUUAUUUGUCAUAUGCUUCCAAAUCUAAACUGGUGACUGGGCCCCACUCAACAAGCUGCUAAGGACAGUUUGUCACGGUGUGGUACUAAAUUUAUACACUGGGAAUUGAUUUUUAAAUACUUUUUCUUUCAUUUUUUUUUUAGCAAACGUAUAAAAAAUAAAUGGUGGAGAUUAUUUUUAAAUUAUGGUAAAUAAAAUUGGUAUGAUUUAA